UGAUGGGUACUGAUAGACGGCACUGACUGGCAUCACUGCUGGGCACUGACUGGCGGCACUGACUGGCACAACCACUGGACACUGACUGGUGGCACUGACUGGCAGCACUGCUGGGAUGCACUGGUGGGUGGCACUGGUGGGCAGCACUGGUGGGUGGGCACAGGUGGGUGGCACUGGUGGGCACAGGUGGGUGGGCACAGGUGAGUGGCACUGCUGGGCACAGGUAGAGUGGCACAGGUGAGUGCACUGCUGGGCACAGGUGGGUGCACUGCUGGGCACAGGUGGGUGAUCUGCUGGGCACAGGUGGGCG